CCCGUAUAUGACCGUUGUCAAACCACCACACCGUUAUUAAACCACCAGGACUUUUUUUUUUUUUUUUUUUUUUUUUAACCAUGAGGACUUUUGAACCUAGGACCUUUUCUACUUCUCUGUGAACAUAAUUUGCAGUCAGAUGCAUCCAGGCUUGGUCCGUAAAGCCGUCAUAAUACGGUCGUAUGCAUCCAGCCUGAUCCAGGAAAGUCCCAGUAUUCAGAAGAAUUGCAGUUUCCCAGAAAUUCAACUGUCACCCCAGGUUCUGGUGAAUUGCAGAGGAGGUGGAAGUUGCGAAGGCGGGGAGCCGGCAAAGGCAUUGGAAUACAUAGAGGCAAAUGGACUUCCUGAUGAGACAUGUCAGAAUUAUGAAGCAGUGGAUGGAACUUGCCAGCCCUUGGGAGUGUGUGAAGAUUGUGUAUCAGGAAAUACUCCAGCGGAUUUUAUCCCAGGAACAUGCUCACGUGUGACAAAUUUUACGCUUUUCAAGGUCAAACAGUAUGGUUAUGUGAGUGGAGGCUCUGAUUUUGAUAUUUCACUCUUCCCAGCUAAAAGGGCGGAUAAGAUCAAAGCGGAGAUUUUCAAGAGAGGACCUGUGAGCUGCGGCAUUCACGCAACGAGGAAAUUUGAUGAGUACAAGGGUGGCGUCUUUCAGCAAAUGACCGUCCCUCGCAGUCCUAACCAUGAGGUAUCUUUGGUCGGGUGGGGAAUCGAUGAUGCAACCGGGAAGGAAUACUGGAUUGGUCGAAACUCGUGGGGUACAUACUGGGGUGAGGGCGGACUUUUCCGGAUCAGAAUGCAUUAUUUCAAUCUUGGAGUUGAGCGGUCUUGCACUUGGGGGGAGCCAGAUGAAACGGGCGUCUCAUCUCUCCUUGUUCCACAGGUAUUAGAACCUUUGGUAGGCGGACAAACGGACAUGCCGCAAACACCAGUCGAUGGAGGAUUGGAUUUGAAAGACCUCUCAGGCAAGGGUGAAGAAGGCACGGCGUCUUCAGUGAUUUUGCCGGAGGAGAAGCCAGCAAAUUCCGGAAAACAGCGUUGCAAAUGCCUGCGCAAAGGAAAGGGGCCACGGAAUUCAUUGAUCAAGAGUCCUCUGCCGCACACGUACCUGACCAUGAAUAACCUGCCACGUUCGUACGACAUUCGGAACGUGAAUGGCCGCAGCUAUGCUACCGUCAAUCGCAAUCAACACAUUCCCAACUAUUGUGGAUCCUGCUGGGCAAUGGCGACAUCAAGCGCGCUGAGUGACCGGAUCUCUCUCCUUCGGGGGGAUGUUUAUCCAGAGGUUGCGCUCUCCCCACAGGUCCUCGUCAACUGUGUCACAGGCAAUGAUACGAUAGGCUGCAGAGGCGGUGAUGGAUUUGCUGCGUAUGCUUGGAUUGCAGAGCACGGUAUUCCCGAUGAUAGCUGUCAGAACUACCAGGACUACCAAAAGUAUUAUGUUGAAGAGUAUGGAGAAGUCAGUGGUGAAUUUGCAAUGAUGGCAGAGAUUGCCGCAAGAGGCCCAAUCGCGUGCUCCAUAUGUGCUACAGAUAAAUUCGAUGCGUACAGGGGUGAACAAGGUUGGGUCAGGAUGCAAAGAGGUGUGAACACAGUUGGAAUUGAGAAGGGUGGAUGUGUUUGGGCCGUACCCAAAAUCACCUGGUGAUCCGGAGAGUGCGCCACUUGUUUGAACGGCCCCGUAGCCGUUCCCAAAGACGGCAAACAGACGAUACAGUUGGUCUUUCUCAGAUCCUGAGCCUGAGUGAGUGAGGCAAGCCUGAGAGAGUGAACGGUGGAACAGACAUCAAGGACAGCACAGUCCUUGAGUAUGCAGAAGUUGAAAGUCCAAACUUCAAAGGUAUUUGCAAAGAGUCAAAGACUGUUUCCGUACGUCUGACGGAGAGUUGAUGAUGCAUCGAGGAGCAAGGGCAGUGGACAGCAGAGAAGAGCCAAAGAAGAUUGGAGGUGUAGUUGAGGCAGGCGCAAAAGCAGAUGUGUUAUGAGAGGAGGGUGCAAACGAAGAGAAGAGGCGGAACAGAGAUCCAGGACAGCACACUGUGUGUGUGUGUCCAAAGUCAGUUGCAAAUGCCUUUUUCCGUACGUCUAACGGAGAGACGAUCUAUCGAGGAGCAAGGCAGUGGACAGCAGAGAAGAGCUUAAGAAGAUUGGAGGUGUCGUAGAGGCGGGCGCAAAAGCAGAGGUGGUGAUGAGGAGGGUGCAAACGAAGAGAAUGGGCGGAACAGACAUCACGGACAGCAUACUCUCUGUGUGUUCACAGUUAGUUGCAAAUGCCUUUUGCGUACGUCUAAUGGAGCGACGAUACAUCAAGGAGCAAGGCAGUGCACAGCAGAGAAAGAGCCAAAGAAGGUCUGAGGUGUUGUGGAGGCGGCGGGCGCAAAAGCGGCACUUUUGACGAGAAGGGUGCAAAAGAAGAGAAGAGCGAAGUGGAGCAGAGCAGAGAAAAUAGAGAAUUGAAGAAGAAUAGAGAAGAGAAGAAGCGAGAAGAACAGAGAAGGCUCUAGAAACUAGCCUGCUUAAGGUCAGAUAUGCAUGGGCCUUCUUGACAUGACUGACUGACUGCUCACUGAAGACUACUGCUCAUUCAGCCCCUUGGUUCUCUAACGUUCAUCAUAGACAGAGUAAGCUUUUGCAGAACAGCAGCCUAUGGCGUGUGCGACACGCGUUGGCAGCAGGCCAGGCACCGUGUGAUCAGGCCUUGCAGCUUUCGUUUCGCCCUAACGGGGGGGACGCUUCUGGCCUUUGGAAAAUGGCCUCCUCCUGGGGUGAGGUCCCCCUAGC